UGCUUGUAGUUCGCGUUCCCUGGCGAAAACCGUAACAUUAUUAUUAUUAUUAUAAUAUAAUAUUAUACGGUCGUAGGUACCCGCGACCCGCCCGCGUCCCUGACGUCAUUCGUCCGUGAGUGUGAGGCCGUGACCGACACCGACCUACCUACCGUGUGUUUGUGUUCGUACUCGCUUCGCAGGCGACAGUCUUCGCGUCCGUGUGUCGUCGCUUCAUUUCAGUUCGCAGUUCCGCACCGAAUGUGAGUGAUAAUUAAUGAUCAUUUCUCACUGUUAUCGAGUAUUCGAAUUGUGAGUGAGCGCUAAAACAGCAUAUCAAAAUGGGAAUGAGCAAGAGGACAGCACUGCUGUCAGCAGUCAUAGUAACAUUCGGUCUUGGUACAUUGUAUUUUGGAUUGACUAUGAAAACUCCGCGCCCUACAAAAGAUCCUAAUAGUUGGGACAUACUUAUAUUCACCCAAACGUGGCCAAAUACUUUAUGUUAUACGUGGAAAAGUAGUAAUCCUGCACACACAUGCAACUUGCCUUCCGACAAGAAUAUUUGGACAGUUCAUGGCCUAUGGCCUACAAAACUUGGAACCAUAGGCCCAGGAUUUUGUAACAAAUCUUUGGUGUUUAAUCCUGAUUCUAUUUAUGGCAUAAAAGACAAAUUAAAUCAAUAUUGGACAGAUAUAGAGAUUCCACCUAAAAAUAUUACAGAAGGAAAUUCUUCAAGCAUAGAGACAACGCAUAAAAAACAAAGUAUUUAUUUUCACGAAUGGGAAAAACAUGGUACGUGUGCCGUAACACUACCUGCCUUAAACUCAGAAUUCAAAUACUUCUAUCAAGGAAUUGAGUGGUCUGAAAAGUACAAUAUGAGAGACGUUUUAGACAAAAGUAACGUAAAAAUAAAUAGUACUUUAAAUGUAGCUGAUUACUGGAAAGCUGUUAAGUCUGUUUUGAAAACAAAUGCAUGGAUUGAAUGUGCUACUAAACAUGAUACAAAGGAACAAAUGUUGGCCGAAAUAAGAAUAUGUUUUGAUAAAACUUUAAAACUAAUUGAUUGUGAUGGCAUUAUGAAACCUAGACAAGGGCCAAUGAAGAAGUCUCACACAUUGACUAAUUGUGAUACAAAAAAACCUAUUUUGUACUUGGAUCAUGUUCCAGAACAGAAUAUUUCUACUAAUGCUAAUUCUACCAACUCUAAUUCUACUUCUACAGACUCUAUUCUUACAAACUCUAAUUCUACUAUUGAUGAGCACUCAAAGCUGUUGUACAGGUUAAAACGAAAAGUAUUUGAUCACUCAGAUGAGUGGACAACUAAAAGUCCUCGUCACUUUAACAGAUCACAUUCAUAUCAGCCUCGCCCAAAUACAUAUAAUCAAAAUUUAAAUCGAUCAAAUUCAUACCCUUAUAUACAACGCAAAGAAUGGGAUAUAUUGGUAUUUUCUCAGUCAUGGCCAUAUACUUUUUGUCACACUUGGACUGUUAAUUCAAAUACUCACACUUGCAACUUACCUGCCAAUCGUAAUCAAUGGACAAUACAUGGAAUUUGGCCAUCUAAAAUUGGUGCAUUUGGUCCAUUUUUUUGUAACAAUGAAACAACAUUUAAUUUGAAUGCUUUAGAUAGCAUUAUUCCUGAAUUAAAAAAUCGUUGGACAGAAAUUAAAGCUUCAAAGACAUGGACAUGGAAACAAGAAGGCGGACUGUGGAAAUAUGAAUGGAUGAAACAUGGAACAUGUUCCAAAUCACUGUCAGCUUUAGAUUCAGAAUUAAAAUAUUUUAAACAAGGGUUAGAAUGGUCUAAACAAUAUCCACUUACCAAUUUAUUGGAACAGGGAGGCAUUAAACCUAACGGCAGUUAUCCAGUAAAUCAAAUUUGGCAUACUUUAAGAACUGGAUUGGGCAAAAACCCACAUAUUGAUUGUUAUUAUGAAAGUCGUACCAACAAACCAUAUAUUGAUGAAGUGCGUUUAUGUUUUAACAAAUCGUUAGCAUUGGUUGAUUGUGAUCCAUUCAGAAGAAACAGCAAUAGACCAUCUACAAAUUGUCCUUUGGAUAAAGAAAUAUUUUACAUGGGAGCUGUAGUUUAAACUUGAAGUAUCCAGAGUAUCCUCUUAUUAAAUUAUAAUAUUAUUAAUAUGUCUGCGGUGUGCUAAGAUCAGUAAGAUCUAUUAAGAUCUGAAUAAAAGAUUAAUAGAAUAAAAUCAUAUAAUAUAGGCUAUAGUGAUAUCACAUUUAAAUAUAAUAUUUUUAAUUCAA